AUGAUAUGCAUAAAAUGUGGAAGUUCCAAUAGUAGUUUAUAUACUAUAUAUAAUAAAAAUAAUAUUAGAUUAAACGAAUGCAAUCGAUGUAAUAAGAUAUGUGAUGAAUAUGUAGAGAAGAAUCCUUUUAUAAUAUUUCUGAAUAUUUUAUUUCUUAAGCCUGAGAUAUAUAGACAUAUAGUUUUUAAUCGUAUAAAAUAUCAUGACAAGUUUAUUAAUAAUUUUUUUUUAAAAAUGAUAAUUAUAUUUUUAAUAAUAAAUGCUUAUUUGCAUCCAAAUUUUGAGAGAGAGAAUAUAAAAAAUACUGGUAUUUUGUCAAAUAUCUUUUUUAUGGAAAAUAAUUUUGAAGAAUAUAUACAAUCAAGUGAUAAAUAUAAAAAUGAUUGUUCAUCUUAUACACUUUUCAUGUAUAAAUAUGAUGAUAAACAUAAACUAUAUGGUUUAUAUAAUAUAUUUAAUAAUUAUAAUAUGAGUAACCUAGUUAAUAUACAUAAAAAUAAAUAUCUUACAUGCAUUGUUAAUAAUAAAUUUAGUGAUUAUAAUUUAUGUAUAGUUAAUAGACAAUUUAAAGCAGAAGAAGAUUAUGAUAAAGAAUUAAUAGAUAUUUUUAUUAAUAAUAAUGAAAAAUAUAUUAAGAAAUACAAUACAAAUGUUAAUACAAAUAGCAACUCACAUAAUGAUCACAUAAACAAAAACAACAAAAAAAACAAUAAUAAUAAUAUUAAUAUAAAUACAAAUAUAAAUAUAGAUUAUAAGAAGAAUGAACAUCAUCCUGUCUAUACAUCACAUAAAGACCAUAUAAAUGAUCAAACCAAAUGGUAUGAUAUUAAUUUUUUUAAAAAAUUUUCAGAAUCAUAUAUAUUUUAUUAUAUAUUACAUUUUAUAAAUAAAUGUAUAUCAAAUAUAAAAUAUAUAUUAAGGUAUGAUUCCAUUUUUUAUUUUAAAAAGAAUAAGACCUUACUAAAAAAUAAUAUUAUAACUUUUAAAAAUCCUGAAGUAUAUAAUGACUUAUUUCAAAUAAUAAAUGUUCUUGUGUAUUAUAAUAUACAUGAAUAUAAAAUUGUUCUAGAACCAAAAGAAAAAGAAAAUCUAAAUAUAGACUUAAUUUUAAAGUUUAUUAAAAAUAUCUUUUUUUAUAAUAAAUUUAUUCAAAAAAAAAAUUAUAUACAAAGUCAAAAAAAUACAUAUAUGAACAAUCAAAAAAAAAAAAACGACCUUCAAAAUGAAAACGACCCAUUCAAUAAUUUCACUUCAACAAAUAAUUAUAUUAAUAAUCAUGACAAUAAUAAAUAUAUGUCUAAUAAUAAUGAUAAUAUAUAUCCAUUUAAUGACUUGUGUAAUGAAUUUUUAAAAAAUAUAAAUUCGACACUAAAUAAAAAAAUGGAAGAAAUAACAAAAAAACAAAAUAAAAUUCAAGAUACAUUUCAAAUAAAACAAAUUAGUAUGUAUUCAAAACUUCUAUUUUCAGAAUUAGAUAAUGAAAAAUAUAUUUUAAAAAUUUGUAAUUCAACAUUCUCAUUUAAGAAAUUUAAAACAGUUAUUGUCAGUUAUAUUACCUAUUUUCUAUUCUUAUGUAUAUUUACAUAUUUAUUCAAAUUAUAUCAACAACGUAAAUAUAAUAUAAAAAUUAUAAUGGUUAAAUAUAAUUAUCUUUUUAUGCUUUUUGUACUUAGUAAUUAUCCAUUAGUUAUCUAUUUCAUACUUAAAAUAUUCAAUUAUAAUUAUAUAAACAUUUAUUUAAACAUAUACACAAUUAUAUGUAAUAUUAUAGCAUACCAUAUAUUUAUAUCCACUGAUCAAAAUUAUGUUUGCUAUUCUAUUUUUUCAGUCCUUACUAGCUAUUUUUUAAAAAAUCUAGUAAUGCUUAAAAUUAUUAAUUAUAUAUAA